CCCCGGCGCCGUCGCCUUCUUCCACACCAUCUCCGGCCAGUCACGCGCGACUCGCGACUCCUACGCGCUUCUAGAACCCAAACCCUAACCAAGCUCAUACCGAACCGUAGCGGAGAAUGGGUACGGAGGAGACCGGCGGCUCGGACCGCGGCGGCGCCUUCGCCUUCAUCUCGAAGGGGUGGCGCGAGGUGCGGGACUCGGCGGCCGCCGACAUCCGGCUCAUGCGCGCGCGCGCCGACCGCGAGGUCGAGCACCUCCUCGCGUCAGCGUUGGCCCUCGCGGUCCCGGGGCCGUCGCCUCCUCUGUCGCCGGUGGCUGCGGGGGCGCCCAUCGCGGAGCUGGAGUUCCUGCGGAAGCGGAUCCAGCCGAAGAUUCAGGAGCUCCGGAGGCAGUACUCGUCGAGGUCGCUCGACGGGUGGCCGCCCAGGGCCUCCGGCGCCAACCUCCGCGUUGACCUCUCGGGGAUUACGGCGAUCCGCAACGCCAUUGUGGCCGAGGGGGACGGCGCCGAGAGGUGGAGGAUCGCGCGGUUGAAGGGGAACUGUGGCGAGGAGGGGAGGAAGGAGUGGGAGGUGGUGAGGAUGAUACGGAGCGGGCUCAAGGAGUUCGAGCACCGGAGCCUGUCGAGUGACAUGCUUGGUGGAUUCCGUGGCCGCGGCGAGUUUGUGGAGAAAUUCAAGUUGAGCUUGAAAUCAUUGAACAAGGAUUAUCGGGAAUCCAAGGAAGUCCCACCACUGGAUCUAACUGAGCUUCUGGCAUAUCUGGUCCGGCAGUCUGGACCAUUUCUGGAUCAACUUGGCGUACGAAGAGAUCUAUGUGACAAACUAGUGGGGAUGUUAUACAGUAAACGGAAUGGUCAGCUCAUGUAUGAUUCUCUUUCAGCAGAUAGGUCCUUACUUAGAAAUGAGAACAUAUCUGACGAGCUUGAUCUAAGAAUAGCUAGGGUGUUAGAAACCACUGGCUAUCACACAGAAGAAGGUUUUUGGGCUGACCCUGCAAGGUACAAGUUCUCAGACAACAGACGGCAUGUUGCAAUUGUUACCACAGCCAGCCUUCCAUGGAUGACAGGAACAGCAAUAAAUCCAUUGUUUCGUGCUGCAUAUCUGGCAAGAAGUACAAAGCAAAAAGUGACACUGGUGGUUCCUUGGCUCUCUAUGUCAGACCAAGAAUUGGUUUACCCAAAUAACAUCACAUUUAGUUCGCCAGAAGAGCAAGAAACUUAUAUAAGGGACUGGCUACAUGAAAGGCUUGGCUUUGAAACAAAUUUUAAGAUAUCCUUUUAUCCUGGCAAGUUCUCAAAAGAGCGCCGCAGUAUUAUUCCUGCUGGGGACACUUCACAGUUUAUUUCCUCAAAAGAAGCUGACAUAGCAAUUUUGGAAGAACCAGAGCAUCUCAAUUGGUAUCAUCAUGGAAAGCGUUGGACAGACAAGUUCAAUCAUGUCAUCGGCGUGGUUCAUACAAAUUACCUGGAAUAUAUCAAGAGAGAGAAAAAUGGUGCUCUUCAAGCUUUCCUUGUUAAACAUAUCAACAACUGGGUGACUAGGGCAUACUGCCACAAGGUUUUACGUCUUUCUGCAGCAACUCAAAAUUUACCCAGGUCUGUUGUUUGUAACGUACAUGGUGUGAACCCAAAGUUCCUCAAUAUUGGUGAGAAAAUAGCAGCUGAUAGGGAGUGUGGACAGGCCUUUUCCAAGGGAGCAUAUUUUCUUGGGAAGAUGGUGUGGGCUAAAGGUUAUAGAGAACUGAUAGAUUUGUUAUCCAAACACAAAAAUGACUUGGAGGGCUUCAAGUUAGAUGUAUAUGGGAAUGGUGAGGAUUCUGAAGCUGUCCAGGCUGCUUCUAGGAAAUUGGAUUUGAGCAUCAAUUUUUUCAAGGGAAGGGACCACGCGGAUGAUUCACUCCAUGGGUAUAAGGUUUUCAUUAAUCCGAGUGUUAGUGAUGUGCUAUGCACAGCAACAGCCGAGGCUCUUGCAAUGGGAAAAUUUGUAAUCUGUGCAGAUCAUCCAUCAAACGAUUUUUUCAAGUCAUUCCCCAACUGUUUAACAUAUAAAACGUCAGAGGAAUUUGUUUCUCGCGUCAAAGAGGCCAUGGCUAGUGAACCUCAACCCCUGACCCCUGAGCAACGGUACAAUUUGUCAUGGGAGGCAGCGACCGAGAGGUUUAUGGAGUACUCAGAGCUUGACAAAGUUCUGAACAAUAGAAAUGGUCAGCCUGGACGAGGUGGGAGGAUAAACAAAGUGAGAAAGAUACCGUUGCUUCCUAAAUUGUCAGAUGUCGUGGAUGGAGGCCUGGCAUUUGCUCAUCACUGCCUGACUGGCAAUGAAAUCCUCAGAUUGGCGACAGGAGCAAUUCCUGGUACACGUGACUAUGAUAGACAGCACUGCAUGGAUCUGAAUCUCUUGCCUCCUCAAGUUCAACACCCUGUAUAUGGCUAGUGAUGUGAACUAGCUCGUAUUUAACCAAUGUAUAGAUGCUUCUCCAUAGGUUUGUGCAUAUUAAGCGAUCCACUUCCCGUACUGACCAGAGAAUGCACUUUUGUAUUGGUAACCGAUAGGGUUUGUAAGGAAUUUGUCUUGUUUGUUACUGUUUGCUUGUAAUUACUUUCCUUUUUCCUGUCCGAACAGGCUAGUUUCAUUAACUACAGUUGAAGGAUGUUUCCCCAUA